ACUAACAUCCAUUUCAGUGAGCUCAAACUCUCUACUUUCUUUUGAACCAAAAAACAACUCUCUACUUUCUCUCUCUAGAGACUAAGAAAUGAGUCACUGUCAGCCGAAAUAUCGGCGAGUCGUGCCGGCGUCGAGAACAAAGCUCCGAGAAAUAGAAGUGCUGAUAAUCUCGGCGCAAGAUCUGAAGAACGUGAAGCACGUGACGCAGGUGAGAGCGUACGCGGUGGUGUACGUGGAGAAGGAAUACCACGCGGCGAGGACGGGCGUGGACGAGCAGGGCGGGACCAACCCCACGUGGAACGAGGUCGUCAAGGUGAAGUUCCGGGAGGACCUGCUGGAGAACGACGUGCUAGCGGCGCUGAACGUGGACAUCUACGCGCACGGGCGCGUGAGGGAGAAGCCGGUGGGCAGCGCCCGGGUGCUGCUGUGCGACGUUUUGAAGGGCGGGGACGAGCGGGAGCCGGCGGAUAAUCCGGUGCAGUGCAUGACGGUGCAAGUGUGGAGGCCGUCCGGUAGGCCCCACGGCUUGCUGAACCUUUGGGUCCCGCCAACAGGGAGGUUCUUGGUGAGGAGGGAGUCUUUGUCGUUUAGUGCGAGGGAAGCGGUGGAUGAUGAAGAGGUGGAGGUGGAAGAGGAGGCUGUGGUGAAAGGUGGCGAGGAGGCAUAGGUUUUGGUGUUGCGGUGGAUGUGUCCGUAAUGUGCAUGCAGGACACGUAGAGCUAUUCAAUUUCUAAUGCAUGCAUAGCUAGUGCUUUGUUUAAUUAUGUUAUAUUAUGUUUUUUUUCUUGGUGGGGUUUGUUUAAUUAAGUUGAAU